AUGCUCUUGUUAGAUCCAAAUGAUCCAGCACUGGCACAGCGCUUGAUCCAGCUUGCACAGGACGCCACUUCCAUGGAUGGUGCUAACAGAGAGAAGGCCGAGCGUGAAAUCAAGGAGUUUCAGAACCGUGUCGACGAGCAGACCGGGUUCGUCCUGUUGCUCCUAAAUCUGGCGGUCACAGCUGGGCCCGCAGCUUCCUUUUGUUCUAUUGUCUUUAAAAACACAGUCAAGAUGUGCUGGAACGCCGCAACCGCAGAGCAUUGCAUCACCGAGGGUGAUAAGAGGAUUGUUCGUGACACCAUUACAGGGGUUAUGCUUCGGGCUGCUCCCAACGUUCAGCGAAACCUCGCCGAGGCCACCACUAUGAUAGCGGAGGUUGACUUUCCAAAUGAGUGGCCAAAUGCCCUGGAUCGCAUUAUCCAAGUUUUGAGGUCGGAAAAGGAUAUGACCAUGCACUGUGCUGCAUUAUCCACGGCCCAUGGUAUACUUGGGCGAUAUCGCAGCCAAGGCGAUCUUUCUGAAGCCCUUGUGAGUGACUUACGGAUCAUCUACACAUCCUUUACCGCCCCAUUGCUGUUGUCGAUGGAGUUUCUCCUGGCUGAGAUGGAAAAGGGCGGCGCGGGCGCCAAGGCUGCAUCUCACGGCUUGACGUUGGCCGUGGAGUGUCUGCGCGACCUAACCACCCUCGACCUUGGUGACGAGUUUAUUUGGAGCAUGGAAAAGUUUGUAAGUGUUCUUCUACGCUGUCUCCAGUUCAAUAGGCCCGACGUUGAUGAGGCAACUUUGAUCGAGCUGAAGUCUGUGGUGAUGGAGUGUGUGACGCACUUUUUGCUGCAGUUUUCGGAGGAUUUUGAGAAGUACGCAAGCGAGUUUCUCAAGGUCGUCUGGGACACCAUUGCUUCCCCGCUGAGUCGCGAGCAAAGCAUGGACGACAUCGUCAUUCAGGGGAUGAACCUUCUCUCAGCCGCCUGUCGAGGGUCUAUGCGGGAGGUCUUCAACAGCAGCGAAAUCCUCGAAAACCUCGUGGUUCAUGUCGUCCUACCAAAUCUUGCUCUACAGCCGGAUGAUAUUGAACUCUAUGCAACCGAGCCGUACAGUUACAUCCAGCGGGAUAUUGAGGGUAGUGAUUUUCACACACGCAGACGAGAGGCAGGGGAGCUGGUGCGUUCUCUGAUGCUGGCUUUCCCUGACAUGUCUGGGCCGCUUUUGUCCGCCCAGCUGCAGCAGCUCAUGUCCGUAGCCGCAGCAGGCGACUGGAAGGCAAAAGAUUUGUCUAUUUAUUUGUUUUCCUCUCUUUCCCUUGGAGGGCAGUAUGCGAACUUUCAGAGGGGCGCCGCCCAAAGGUUGAGCAACCUUGUGCCCUUCGAACAAUUCUUGAAGCAGAGCAUUCUUCCAGAGCUUUCGAAGGAUGUGUCGGAACAAUCCCCGUUUAUUAUAAAGGCCGAUUGUAUUCGUUUUCUGGCGACAUUUCGGACACACAUUGAGCCCCAACUACUUCCAGAGAUCAUAGCACUGCUAACCACGUGGAUUGGAUGCCAGGAUGUGGUGGUUCGCACCUACGCUGCAAAUGCCGUUGAACGGAUUCUUACGCUUCGACGCUCUGGCCAGCAGGAGAACGUCAUCACAGACGCAAACAUAGGUGAACGGGUUGCGCCGCUGCUACAGCACCUUUGCAUGCGAGUUCAGGAGGACAAGCAGCCAAACGCCUACACAAUGCAGUGUCUGAUGCGGGUGUGUCAGAGUUGCAGUCGCUGUGUAGCCCCUUUUGUGGGAGACAUAAUCACUUGUAUAGCUCCUGUCGUCCGGGAAAAUGCAAAGAACCCGUCAAACCCCCUUUUUAGUCACUGCAUGUUUGAGGUGAUUUCCAAAUGCAUUCAAAUACGCCCAGAGGAUGGACCAGCUAUAGAGGCUGCCUUGUGGGAACCUAUGAUUUUUAUUUUGCAGCAUGAUGUGCUUGAGUACGUGCCGUAUACGCUUCAAAUCAUGGCACAGCUCCUUGAUACACGUGGCUCGGGUGCCCCGGAGCCGCCGUCACACUAUCAGGCCUUACUGGAGCCUCUCCUAAUCCCCGACAUGUACCAGCAAAAGGGUAACAUACCUGCCGUUGUUCGACUUUUGGUGGCUUUUAUAGAGCACUACCCACGCUAUGUGCACGACAAAGGAUUCACAGAAAAAGUCUUGAUUGUCUUUCGAUCUCUGCUGCAGUACAAAAAUUACGACCACGAGGGAUUGAAUGUUCUCACCGCAAUUGUAAUGGCCUACCCCAAGGAGAUCAUCUCGCCAUAUAUGGGAAGCAUAUACCAGGUGUUAUUUCAACGUCUUCAAACUUCUCGAACACCAAAGUAUGUGCGUAUUCUCAUCAUAUUUUUAUCGAUUGUGGUCAUCUGCCAUGGCGCUGACGAUGUCGUGGCGAAAGUUAACCUCAUUCAGAACUCACUUUUCUGGAUGCUGCUUCAGCGCGUGUGGCUGCCAAAUGUCCAAAAGAUUACAGGGACUUUAGAGCGUAAGGUAUGUGUGGUGGCGUUGGCCAGCUUGCUUGGUGAAUGUGCAGAGUUGCAGAGUAAUGCGGAGGCCUGGGCAAGUUGUGUCGUUAGCUGUCUCAAGGUGAUUCAUGGUGCCGUUGAGAGCGAUGACACGACUAGCUUUACCCCCAAAACCCACUCUGUGGGGGACUUGAAACAUCACAUUGAUGAUACUGGUUUUACAAAUGUCUUUUGCCCCUUGCAGGGUGCAGUGCGGGCCCCCAUUGACGUGUGUGCGUCUGUGAAGCAGCCGGACUUGUACUUUCGUGAGCGCAUUCAUCAGGCGUUGCAGGGUCCUAGCGGGCCCCACCUUAAAAAUCUUCUGCAGUCUAGCCCGGAGUUGUUGGCCAUGGUGAAGUGA